UCCUGAACCCUUGCAGACUGAUAUUCCCCAUUCCCCCGUAAAGGCACUACAAGAAAUUGUGUUUAGAGCAAAAGAAGGGUCCUUACGCUGCAGAGAUGUUCGCCACAAUGUCUGAUCUCCGCGUUCUGCUGUUUGUGGUUCUGGUGGGACAGACAGCCUGUGGGUUCCCCCUGAUGUCUCUCUUCCUAGACCUGGACCCAGAUUGGACCCCUGAGAACUAUGAUUACAGCUCUGAGUACCAAACCCAGGAAGAAAACACCAGUAGUGCUGUCAACCACCUCAGUAAUCCUGACUGGUACUACACAGACAACGACCCAUGCCUGCCCAACCCCUGUGGACACGGCGGGGACUGCCUUGUCAGUGGGGACACUUUCACAUGCAGCUGCCCGGCCCCUUUCUCUGGAAGAACGUGUCAGAAUGUGCAAAACCAGUGCAAAGAAAACUCAUGUGGCCAGGGUGAAUGUCUUGUUAUUCAGAGUCCUCCCUACUACCGCUGUGCCUGCAAACACCCUUACAGGGGGCCCGACUGCUCCACAGCGGUUCCUGCGUGCCGGCCCAACCCCUGCCAAAACGGCGGCACCUGCUCCCGGCACCGGCGGAGGUCCAGGUUUACCUGUACCUGUCCCGACCAAUUCAAGGGGAAAUUCUGUGAAAUAGGUUCUGAUGACUGCUAUGUUGGUGACGGCUUCUCUUACCGAGGGAAAGUGAGUAAGACGAUCAACCAGCACUCGUGCCUUUACUGGAACUCCCACCUCCUCUUGCAAGAGCAUUACAACACAUUUAUGGAGGAUGCUGAGGCCCAUGGCAUUGGGGAGCACAACUUCUGCAGAAACCCAGAUGGAGACAAAAAGCCCUGGUGUUUCAUUAAAGUAAAUAGUGCAAAGGUGAAAUGGGAGUACUGUGAUGUCUCGGCCUGCUCAGCCCUAGACAUUACUGACCCAGAGGAAGGACCCAGUGAGCCCCCGACCAAGCUUCCGGGCUUUGACUCCUGUGGGAAGACUGAGGUCACAGAGAGAAAGAUCAAGAAGAUCUUUGGAGGCUUUAAGAGCACGGCGGGCAAGCACCCGUGGCAGGUGUCCCUGCAGACCUCACUGCCGCUGAGCACCUUCAUGCCCAAAGGCCACUUCUGCGGGGGGUCGCUGAUCCACCCCUGCUGGGUGCUUACUGCUGCCCACUGCACUGACAUAAGAGCCAAGAAUCUAAAAGUAGUGCUAGGAGACCAGGACUUGAAGAAGACAGAAUUCCAUGAGCAGACCUUCGGGGUGGAGGCGAUAUUCAAGUACAGCCACUAUCAUGAAGUAGAUGAGAUUCCUUACAACGAUAUUGCCUUGCUCAAGCUAAAGCCAGUGAAUGGUCACUGUGCUCUGGAAUCCAAAUAUGUGAAGACUGUAUGUUUGCCUGAUGGUCCCUUUACUUCUGGGACUGAGUGCCACAUCUCUGGCUGGGGUGUUACAGAAACAGGGGAAGGGUCCCGACAGCUCCUGGAUGCCAAAGUCAAGCUGAUCGCCAACACUGUGUGCAACUCCCGCAAACUCUACAACCGCAUGAUUGAUGAGACCAUGAUCUGUGCGGGAAACCUUCAGAAGCCUGGGGGGGACACCUGCCAGGGUGACUCUGGAGGCCCUCUGACCUGUGAGAAGGAUGGGACCUACUACGUCUAUGGGAUAGUCAGCUGGGGCCAGGAAUGUGGGAAGAAGCCAGGGGUCUACACGCAAGUUACCAAAUUCGUGAAUUGGAUCAAAGCCACCAUCCAAAGGCAGUAAAGUUUCUAAGGUGUCUCCAGAACCUCAGACAAGGCGAGGACUCGCGGGCAGCAAUGAACACCCCUUGGAGCUCCCAGGAUGCCACACAGCAAGGGCUCCACGCUUGAAGCAGAGAGCUGCUGCCAGCCUGGGGUGUCCCGGACCAGCACCUCCACCAUUUCAUCAGGCUCCCUCCCCAGUCACCCAAGAACUGGCAGAAUCGAUCUGAAAUACAUAUUGUUUGCUUCCUUUUGAACAAUGGUACCUUCUGGAAAACCAUUGUUCACUGACUGCCUCCACCUUGGACCUUUGUAAAUGCAGGAUUUCAGAACACUCAGCAUCGGUUGGAGUCACUUUGGCAUCUUUAUUCC